AUGUUUAUCAUCAAUUUCAAUAUGAAAGAUCUCAUAGAAUUGUUGACCCUCCCUAUCUUAAACUUCAACGCAAAUAUUAUGUUCCUAGUCGUCCUACUCACGUGUCUUCUUCUUUUAUGUUUUCUGAUGACCAAAAAAGCUUCAUGCAAAGUUUACUUGGUAGAUUUUGCCUGUUACAAGCCUCCAACUUCUCAAAAGUGUUCAAAAGAGCUUGCUAUGAAGCAAGCAGUACAGUCUGAGUAUUUCUCGGAAGAAACACUAGAUUUCAUGAAGAAAACAUUGGAAAGAUCUGGCCUUGGUGAUUCCACCUAUUUGGCAGAGAUAUAUUUCAGAAAAAUAUAUGACCCGUCCAUGAAAGAUGCAAGAAAGGAGAUUGAGAUGACUGUGUUUGGUUCGGUUGACAUGCUUCUAGCCAAAACAGGUGUACGAUGUGAGGAUAUUGGUAUACUAAUUGUCAAUUGCUGUAUAUAUAACCCACAACCAUCUCUUUCUAGCAUGAUAGUCAACCGCUAUAAGUUUAAAGAUAAUGUCAUUACAUACAACCUUGUUGGGAUGGGAUGCAGCGCAGGACUUCUGGCUAUCGGACUUGCUAAACAACUCCUCCAGGUGCACUGCAACUCAUACGUAAUGGUAGUCAGUACAGAAAGCAUCACAGAAAACGGCUAUAUGGGAAAAGAGCGUUCCAAAUUCCUUAUCAAUUGCCUGUUCCGCGUUGGAGGUGCAGCAAUCCUCCUCUCCAACCGCCCUUCUGAUCACAAAAGCUCAAAAUACGAACUUUUUCACACAAUACACACCAACACAUCAGCUUCAGAUAGAUCAUAUAACUGUAUCCUUCGUGAAGAAGACAACGAUGGAAUGGUAGGUAUCACAAUCAACAAAGACCUCAUUGCUACCGCUAUAGCUACCAUCAAACCAAACUUGGCCACUGUAGGUUACUUAAUCCUUCCAAUGAACGAAAAACUAGCCUACAUCGCUACUGUCAUUGCAAAGAAACUUUUUCCGAGAAAGAAAAUGCGUCCGUAUAUACCCAACUAUAGCACCGCCGUCGACCAUUUCCUUCCUCAUGUGGGUGGUAAGCCGGUGCUAGAUGAUUUGCAGAAAACACUGGGGUUUUCGGACAAAGAUAUGGAACCUUCUAGAAUGACGUUGUAUAGGUAUGGAAACACUUCUAGUAGCUCAAUAUGGUACGAGCUUGCUUAUGUGGAAGCAAAGCAUCGAGUUAAAAAAGGCAACAAGGUUUGGCAGAUUGCAUUUGGGUCGGGUUUUAAGUGUAACAGUGUUAUUUGGCGCGCAAUCAAGACUGUUGACCAUGAUCCUAGUAAUCCUUGGACAGACGAGAUUACUGAAUUUCCGGUGAUAUUGGAGGACCUUGAACCAUUUCCAGUCUUUUUUGAACCUUCCAAGUAG